UGACGUCACUGAGCGCGGCCCGUGACGUCACCCCGCAGCCAUGGCGCCGCCCGUGCCCGCGCUGACGCCCGAGCAGAAGCAGGAGCUGGCGGCCAUCGCCCAGCGCAUCGUGGCGCCCGGGAAGGGCAUCCUGGCGGCCGACGAGUCCACCGGCAGCAUCGCCAAGCGCCUGAGCUCGGUGGGGGCGGAGAACACGGAGGAGAACCGGCGCUGGUACCGGCAGCUGCUGUUCACGGCGGACGGGCGCGUGGAGCCCUGCAUCGGCGGCGUCAUCCUGUUCCACGAGACGCUGUACCAGAAGGCGGACGACGGGCGCCCCUUCCCCCAGGUCAUCAAGGGCAAGGGCGCCGUGGUGGGCAUCAAGGUGGACAAGGGCGUCGUGCCCCUGGCUGGCACCAACGGUGAGACCACCACCCAAGGGCUGGAUGGGCUCCAGGAGCGCUGUGCCCAGUACAAGAAGGACGGGGCUGACUUUGCCAAGUGGCGCUGUGUGCUCAGGAUCGGGCCCCACACGCCCACCCGCCUGGCGGUGAUGGAGAAUGCCAACGUGCUGGCACGCUAUGCCAGCAUCUGCCAGCAGAACGGCAUCGUGCCCAUCGUGGAGCCCGAGAUCCUGCCCGACGGCGACCACGACCUCAAGACCUGUCAGUACGUCACUGAGAAGGUCCUGGCAGCCGUGUACAAGGCCCUGAGUGACCACCACGUGUACCUGGAGGGGACUUUGCUGAAGCCCAACAUGGUGACCCAAGGCCACUCCUGUCCCAAGAAGUACAGCCCCGAGGAGAUCGCCAUGGCCACCGUCACCGCGCUGCGCCGCACCGUCCCCCCGGCCGUGCCAGGCAUCACCUUCCUGUCUGGUGGCCAGAGCGAGGAGGAGGCCUCCAUCAACCUCAACGCCAUCAACCGCUGUCCCCUGGCCAAGCCCUGGGCCUUGACCUUCUCCUACGGGCGCGCUCUGCAGGCCUCGGCCCUCAAGGCCUGGGCUGGCAAGAAGGACAACACCAAGGCUGCCCAGGAGGAGUAUGUCAAGAGGGCCCUGGCCAACUCGCUGGCGUGUCAGGGCAAGUACAGCCCCAGCGGCGCGGCCGGGGCGGCGGCCAGCGAGUCGCUCUUCGUGUCCAACCACGCCUACUGAUGACGUCAUCGGCACGCGCCACGGCCCGCCCCCGGAGAGAGGGAGAGGGGGAAUAAAGAUGGCGGCCACUGAA